ACCAUAUUCCUCCGCCAUUCAGUCCUUUGGCCUGAUCAAGCCGUGUCCUACGUAUGCUUACCCGAAGACGAAAAAGGCAAACACUAUGGCGCAUUCGUACAGGAGACUAACUCUCCGAUAUGUGUUGUAUCACUCUUUGCAGAGCCGUUGCCAUGUGCAGUACCUGAAUUCGAUAGCAACAGUACUAUAGCUGUUCGCUUUCGGAAGUUCGCAUGCGCUCCUUCGUACCAGGGGCGAGGCAUCGGCACAGCCCUCUUGAAGCAUGCCUUCAUAAGCGCACGCACUCACCUUUCGGCAAGUGUAGUCUGGUGCGAUGCUCGGUUGAGCGCCUCACGCUGGUACGAAAAGCGAGGGAUGAGACCUUUCGGGGAAUCAUUUUGGAAAGGUGAUAUAGAAUACACCAGGAUGUGGAUUGCAGUAUGGUAA